GUGGCGGCAAAGGGAGAAGGAGGCCGUGCUGAAGAAGUUGAAGACCCAGGCCGAGCUGCAGCAGAGCCGCCUGGUCCAGAUGGCCCGCAAGGAGCAUGAACAGAUGAUCCAAACCAAGCGGGACCGCAGCUAUUAUGAUCAGGUCCUCAGGGAGCAGCGGGAGCAGGCACAGAAGGAGCAGAAGCAGCAGGAGGAGAGGGCCGCCAAGCGAAUGGCACACGGUAUAGCGGUGCGGCGCCAGAUGAAGGAGCGCCAGGAGCAGCUGGCGCAGGAGCGGGCCGUCUGCUUCGAGGAUGGGAAGCGCCUGCAAAAGGAGAUGCAGAAGCACGCCGAUCGCAUUGCCCAGCUGAAGAGAACGAGGAUGGAGGAGCUCCGAGCCACCGGUUUGCCCGAGAGGUACUGCAUAGGUGUGGAGUACAAGGCCUUGAAGCCAGGCCCCAAGCGCUGAGGGUGUCCAUUCACUGCCCAGCCUGCCC